CGGUGGACCGUCUGACGUCACGGAUCAGGACCGGUUGGAAGGUCGAAUCGAGGUCGACGAGGAGGCCGGCGCUGGUUGAUCGCUGGCUCCCUUCUCGCGACGUGUCACCGACAUUCGUCCCGGGCGAGAUACGAGAUCCGGGCAGGCGUCAGAGCGGCGGUCGCUGGACCGUCCGGCGGACGUCUCGACCGCCGUACGGCGAGGCAGGAGGUGGAGAAGGAGGGGCUGUGGAGGAGGAGGAGGAAGGCCCGCGGACGUGCAACAAGUUAAGAGGCAGCAGCAGCCGCCGCUACUACCGUCGACAUCGCUGCCGUCGCCACCGUCCUCGCCACGAUGUGACAUGGAUAUCCUAGCCGUAGCCUGCGCCCUCGUCGCCACGGCCCUCUAUUGCAACACCCUGCAAGCGGGUUUCGUCUACGAUGAUCGAAGAGCGAUCCUGACGAAUCCAGACCUCCUGUCGAGCACACCGUGGUCGAAGCUGUUGGAGAACGACUUCUGGGGCACACCGUUGAGCGAUCGAGGCUCUCACGGGAGCUACAGGCCCCUCUGCGUGGCCACGUUUCGCCUGAAUCAUCUGGUGGGAGGGCUCGAGCCUUGGGGCUAUCAUUUGGUGAACGUCGCGCUCCACGCCGCCUGCACCGUGCUCGUGGUCAGAGUGGCCAGAAAGGUACUGCCGGGAAGGAACAGCCUCGGCCACGCGAUCACCGGCUUCCUGUUCGCGGCGCAUCCGAUCCACAGCGAGGCGGUGGCCGGGGUGGUCGGUCGCGCCGAUCUUCUCGCCUGCCUCUUCACCCUGUUGGCGUUCCUCGCGUACAGCGCCCACUGCGAGCGCGCCAGGUCGCCGUUUCCCUUGAUUCUGGCCCUCGUCUCCUCCACCCUGGCCACCCUCGCCAAGGAGACGGGGAUAUCCUCGCUGGCUCUGUGUCUUUUGUGGGAAUUGUGCCGCGGCGAGUCGAGUCGUAAGGGGAAUUGCGGCCUCGUGACACGGACGCGCAGCAUCGGCGUCCUUUCAGGCAGCCUCGCCCUCCUCGUCCUCGGCAGGCUAAGGAUCACGGGGACGAGGCCAGAGUUCGCGAGCGCGGACAACCCGACCGCCAGGCACCCCUCCGUCACGCGCGGCCUCACCUUCCUCUACCUGCCCGCUGCCAGCGCCAGGAUGCUGCUCUGCCCGAGCACCCUCAGCUUCGACUGGUCCAUGGACGCUGUGCCUCGCAUCACCACCCUCCUCGACGCGAGGAACCUCGAGUCGGCCCUCCUCUACGCGGCGUUGAUCGCCGCCUCGAUCUGGGCCGCCAGGGCCCUCCGUCGCCGCCCAGCCUCGUCCACCCCCCUCGUCCAGUAUCCCCGCUCGUCCAGGUGCCCGGUGUGCGCGGGCAGGCGAGCGGGCGGAUGCCACACGGACGGGUGCCGGGCCGCGAACAACAACAACAACGGGCCGAUCGGCGACUGCCACUGCGCCAAGAGGCCCACCGGUGGGCCAACGAGCAGCCACUAUUAUUACGGGUCGGCGGGCGGCGUGGCCGCCUCCCUCGGCUUCCUCGUGCUCCCCUUCCUGCCUGCAAGCAACCUCUUCUUCUACGUGGGCUUCGUGAUAGCCGAGAGGAUCCUUUAUCUGCCGAGCGUGGGCGCGUGCCUGAUCGUCGGCACGGCCAUCUCGGGCUUCCACCAGAUCGCGAGAAGGCACGGGUCGAGGAGGAGGGGCAGGGCGGUGCUGGCGGCCACCGCGAUACUCGUCUCCCUCAUGUCGGCCAAGACUCUGUUGAGGAACGCCGACUGGUUCGACGAGGAGAGUUUGUACAGGUCGGCGUUGCACGUCAACCCGCCCAAAGCUUAUGGUAAUUUGGGCAGCGUGCUGAGCGCCCAGGGACGCGUGGCGGAGGCGGAGGAGGCGUUCGUCCAGGCGCUUCGCUAUCGACCGAACAUGGCGGACGUGCACUACAAUCUGGGUAUAUUGCAGCAGGGGAGGAGGAAUUACGAGGAGGCGAUUCUCAGUUAUCAGCGGGCGAUCCAUUUCCGGCCCUCGUUGGCUCAGGCUUACGUGAAUCUGGGCGCGGCGCUGGCCUCGGUCGGACGUGGAACGGAAGCGGCUGCGGUUUUGCGGGCCGGCGCAUCCUUGGAUGGUUCCGGGCUCAAGGACAAGAGGGCUCACGAGGCGGCGAGGGUGCAGGCUCUCCUUCAAUUAGGCGCCCUCUACGCCGAUCAGGGCAGAUUACAAAGGGCCCUGUCCGCGUACAGAGAGGCACUUCACGCCCUCCCGGAUCACUAUCCACCUCAGAGCGUUUACAAUCUGCUGGGGGAAACUCUGUCGAGGCUGCAACAGUACGCGGAGGCGGAAAGGUGGUUCCAGGCGAGUUUGGCCAGCCAGCCUGACCACGUGCCGGCCCACAUCACUUACGGGAAACUUUUGGCCCGAAACUCGAGCCGCGUGCUGGAGGCCGAGAGAUGGUUCCUGAGAGCCCGUAGAUUGGCGCCGGACGACUCGAGCGUGCACCAUCAUUACGGACUGUUCCUGACGUCCCAGGGCCGACUGUCGGAGGCCGCCGAGGAGCAGCUCCGCGCCGCGGAGCUUUCCAGAUCGGAUUACGAGCUGUCGAUGGCCGCCGCGUCCGCGCUUCGGCAAGCGGGGCGGCUGGAGGACGCGGAGGUGUGGUACAGGCACGCGGCGAGGCUGAGGCCGCACGAGGCGAGGAGCCACACGAACCUGGGCGCGAUCCUCCACCUGAACGGGAAAUACAAGCAGGCGGCUGCGGCGUACAGCGAGGCGUUGAGGCUGCAGCCGGGCGACGCGACCACCAUCAUGAACCUGCACAAAUUGGCGGCGAUCCUCGCGUGACCACCCCGACACGACGACGACGACGACGACGA